AGAAAUGCCGUGAACGUGGUUACACGUAUCUUCUCUCGUAGAGCGAUUACACGUAUCUUUUCGCAUAAUUUACAUUAUCACAGCAAACUCUGCGUGUAUACUUGUGACUCGUCAUUUUCAGAAACCCAGCAAUUCUCUUCAGUUUCGUAUAAAGUUUUUUCGUAUCAGAACUGCGGAAAAUAAGCCUAAAAUGGGAGAAGCCAAAUGUGAAAUUGAAGUGAUUCAUUCAUGGUCUGCACCCAGGUCUCUCAGUACCAGCCUUAUGUAUUCCUUUGCCCAGAGGGAUGAUAUUGAAGUUCUUGACGAACCUCUGUAUGCGCAUUUUCUCAAAGUAACUGGAGCAAAGAGGCCCUACAGGGAUGAAGUUCUUUCGGCUAUGGAGUCUGAUGGAAAUAAGGUGGUCAAGGAUAUAAUAUUUGGUCCAGGAGAAAAGAAAUAUCGGUACUGUAAGCACAUAGCUAAGCACAACUUGCCUGGUUUGACAGAUGAUUUAAUGAAGAGAGGAAAACACUUUAUUCUCAUCAGGAGUCCCCUUGAAAUACUGCCAUCCUUUGAUGAGGUUGUGCCCUCAUCCUUUUCUGAGUUAGGGCUGGCAGACCUUGUCUCUAUAUACUCUGAGCUAUGCAGACUAGGAAAGCGCCCACCGAUCAUUGAUACAACAGAUCUUCGAACUGAUCCUGAGGCUACCUUACAUGGCCUUUGUGAAGAUCUUGGCAUACCUUUUCAAGAUUCAAUGCUCAAAUGGGAAGUAGGGCCAAAAGCAUAUGAUGGCAUUUGGGCUCCAUGGUGGUAUAAAAGCGUGCAUAAGUCAACAUGUUUCCUUCCACCUAGAAAGUACCCUUCGCCUUUUCCAUCACCUUUGUAUGACUUGCUGGAGCAAAGCCUGCCUUUUUAUAAAAUGCUUCGGCAUCAUUCAAGAAGGACUUCACCUCAUCCUAAGCUUCCUGUUCCAGCUAAUGAAAAGCUUCUUGUAUGGGUUGGAGAUGAGAUUUUGCCCCGUGAGAGUGCAAAGGUUUCUGUGUUUGAUUCAGUUGUCCAAGGCGGUGAUGCAGUUUGGGAAGGGCUUCGAGUCUAUAAUAAAAAGAUAUUAAAGCUUGAAGAUCAUUUAGAUCGGUUGUUUGACUCAGCAAAAGCCCUAGCUUUCACUAGUGUACCAACUCGUGAAGAGAUCAAGGAUGCCAUUUUCAAGACUCUUAUAAGUAAUGGAAUGCUUGAUGGUGCACAUAUACGACUAACUCUGACGCGGGGCAAGAAGGUGACUUCUGGAAUGAAUCCUGAUUUAAACCUUUAUGGAUGCACUUUAAUUGUGCUUCCUGAAUGGAAACCACCUGUCUAUGACAAUGCAAAAGGGAUCACAUUGAUCACAGCAACCACUAGGCGCAAUUCUCCAAAUAAUUUGGAUUCCAAGAUUCACCAUAACAAUCUUCUCAACAACAUUCUUGCAAAGAUAGAAGGGAAUAAUGCAAAAGCUGAUGAUGCUAUUAUGCUCGACAAAGAUGGAUAUGUGUCAGAAACAAAUGCUACAAACAUUUUCUUGGUGAAGAAAGACUGUGUGGUGACGCCUCAUGCUGACUCCUGCCUUCCUGGUGUAACAAGAGCAACAGUGAUAGGGCUUGUGCUAAAGGAAAACUUGGUUUUCAAGGAGCGACGCAUUACUUUAUCUGAGUUUCACACUGCAGAUGAGGUUUGGACCACUGGAACUAUGGGAGAACUUACCCCGGUCACCAAGAUUGAUGGGCGAGUAGUUGGUGAUGGUCAAGUGGGCCCUGUAACUCUGAGGUUACAAAAUGCUUACAAAAAGCUCACAGAAGAGGCAGGAGUUCCUAUACCAAUGGAUCAGAGGACUUGAAAUUGCAUUUCUAAGGCUGCAGGUUUGUUAAGAUGGUAGGCUUCGUAUUGAAGUUGAUAUUUGGAGGAUUGGGAUGAAGUAGACUCAAGGGUGUUAUGAACUACACUGAAUAAAUAAGUAUAACACGUGUAUGAAAUAGUGAGCUUAAUUGUUCCCUGUUUGGCAUUGGAGUUCGUAAAAUGUUGGAAUAGCAUUCCAUUCUAAAGGCACUUCUAUGGUGCUCGGAUAUUGUGUGUUGCUUUGUAUUUGGUGUGUUGUACUUCUCAUUGCUAGAUGUGUUAUCUUUAUUAUUACUCCGUAUUUGAGAAAAUUGCACUUUUUGUCCGUAAUUAUAAGAUAAUUGUAGAAUUCGUUCC